CCCUCUGCGCAGACCAGUUUUUGGUUGCAUCAUCAACAGUUCAUCAUCUGCAACUAUAUAUAUGCAUUCAUAUACGUGCGUCAAAUAUAUUAAUCAGCAGUCCUCAUUAACAUCGAAAAAGGUCGCUCAGACUUUUCAGCUCGAACUUCUCACACACAGGAACAGAGAGGGAAGAAGAAGAAGAAGAAGAGGAGACAGAUGGCUGUUGGGAUUUUGGAGGUUUCGCUGGUGAACGCGAAGAGCCUCAGCGACCACGAUUUCUUCAGUAAAAUGGAUCCAUAUGUCGUGAUCAAGUACAAGAAUCAAGAGCGCAAGAGCGGCGUGGCGCGAGAGGACGGAGGGAGCCCGACAUGGAACGAGAAGUUCAGCUUCAGGGUGGAGUACCCCGGGGACGGCAAUCAGUGCAAGCUCACUCUCACGAUAAUGGACAAGGACACUUUCACCGCAGAUGACUUUGUCGGCGAGGCAACGAUAUUCGUGGAGGACUUGCUGGCAUUAGGAGUCGAACAGGGAAGUGCUCAACUGCAUCCUACCAAGUACCGUGUGAUUGGAGCCAAUCAGAAUUACUGCGGUGAGAUCCAAGUCGGAGUCUCCUUCCACCUGAAGGAGGAGGAGGAAUACCGUGAACAGGAGUUCGGAGGAUGGAAGCAGAGUGAAUUUUAAAUCACUCGAGUUGAAUGACUCAACCCGUUUUCGCCAAUUUGUGUGUAGUUCAUUAGAACCUGCGAUCGAUCAGCGGUUACUUCUCGUGAUUUCGGCCACAUGUCUUUUCCAACUUCUGUUUGGGCAAAGAAUGCUACGAUUCCGUUAACAGGUUACCUGAAUUAGAUUUCCCACGCAUCACUUUUUCAUGAAAAUUGGAUCUUCCAUCUCAAAA